CGGCCUAGGUCUCAAAUCAACUUUAGACGCUUAAAUGCACACGUCGCCCGCUUGACUCGUUGAGAUAACUUUCGUUUCACUUGACAUCUUUUCGUGCGUUUCUUUAUUUAUCGAAAACAAUUAUGAUAUUCGGUCGUUGGACUCGUAGACAAUUAUUUUUCACAUGCUGCGGCAUACUGACGGCAAUUGUAUUAUGCAUUAUAGUGUUUACCAGCUUUGGCCAAAAAGAAGAAGACGAAAUUGAUUGGCAAAAUGCGAAAUGUUUCAAAACUCAACCAAAUACCACAAAUUCAAAAUUGGAAUUGGUUCAUAUUGUGUUUAGACAUGGCAUACGAACACCAGUGGACACAUAUCCAAAUGAUCCUUAUAUAAAAAAUGGUUUCCAACCCACAGGUUGGGGGCACGUGACCAAUUCCGGUAAACGUGAACUUUAUGAAAUGGGUCGUUGGCUAAAGUAUCGAUAUGGUGAUUUUAUGGGUGACUUCUAUAGGCCUGAACGACUUCAUGCCCAAGCAACUGCCUCACCGCGAGCCCUCAUGUCCCUGCAAACCACAUUGGCCGGCAUGUUCCCACCGAAUGGCACACCAAUGGAAUGGAGCCAACAGCUGAAUUGGCAACCCAUUCCCAUUGUUUCCGAGCCACUAGAUCAGGAUUCGCUUCUUUUGGUUCGCACACCGUGUCCACGUUACUUUGAGGCCCGAGAAGAGGUUCUCAAACGUCCCGAAGUGAUAGCCGAACAGAAACCCUAUGAAGAAAUGUUUAAGGAACUCACAAAACUUACAGGAAUGCGAGUUCGCAAUGCCGAAGAUGUCAAUUCCCUGUAUAUUACUCUUCAGGCCGAAGAAGCAUUUGGCUACAAGCUGCCUGAUUGGACAAAGGCCUACUAUCCCGAACGCAUGCAAUUUCUGGCUGAACAGAGUUAUGUGUAUAAUGCUUACACCAAGGAGAUGCAAAAGAUUAAGGGCGGACCUUUCCUCAAGAAAAUGUACGCCGAAAUGACAGCAAAGGCGGAGGCCACAUUAGAGCCAAGAGAUCGACGAAUGUUCAUUUAUACGGGACACGACUGGACAGUUGGUAACAUUCUUUCUGCCCUAGGCAUAUGGCAACGUCAAAUGCCAAGAUUUGGUGUUAUGGCCAUAUUUGAGACCCACAAGAAUUUAAAAACGGGCCAACACUAUGUCGAGAUCUUUCUGCGUAACGAUGAACAUGGGUGCCUAGAGCAGUUGAAGCUUCCAAAUUGUGAUCGACAAUGUCCACUGCAUCGUCUGGUGGAAUUGAGUAUGGAAGUUCUACCAAAUGACCCCAUGGAGCAGCGUUGUCGUGCCCAUAGUGCCAAUUUCGUGGAACCGCCACCACGUCGAAUCGAUCAGAAUGCUGGACGGUAGAUAUAGUUCAACUGAAGAAUGCAAUUUCAGUAUUACAACUGUGGGAAAUGUGCAAGCAAAACCAAAUUAUAUGA